AUGGCCUCAUCUUACUUUUACCAUCUUUCUCCCCGCUCACCCAAGCUCAAGCCCAAAACCCUCACAACAUCCACAUCCACUACCUCCCCACCAACCACCAACUCCAAAGGCCAAACCGCCCUCAUCAGCAUCCCCGUCUUAGAAACCUCGCUCCCGCCCGAAAUCGGCAUUUACGGAUUCAUCAUCCGCGGCGACGCCUCCGAGACGGUAUACAAGCUCGCGUGCCUGGAGGAAGACACGCAAAUAGACCACACCGACGAAAAUGGCAAGCUCAAGCCGGUAGAUUACUGCUCCUGGCUCUGGGGCAGCUUGACGGUGCAGGUCAAGGCGGAGUCGACCUUGUCAGCGGGAGGAGGAGGGGGGUCCUAUAUAAAGGGCAUGACCAGCUGGAUGGUGUAUGAUAAUACGCAUCGGCAUGCGGUGAUUACCAAGACGUCGGAUGGGCCCGAGGUCGUUGUUGAGGGGGUUACAACAGCAAAAGCAACAUGCACCAUCUCCCCCAACCCCCACGCCUCCAACCUCCAAGUAACCACCUGCAACGGCACCAUCAGCCUCGCCUACGGCUACAAGCGCGUUUUCAACACCGCAUCCACCGUGACGGACUCGACUUCGACCCGACACGAGACUUUGGUCAGGACAAUGAGGGCUCCUGAUUUGGAGCGCGAGACCGAGCUGGUGGCUAUUACUGUUACGACUGGGUGGGAAAAUCUGUUGCCUGCUGCUACUAGCACUCGUACUGGUACUACUAGUGGUGCUUCAUCAGAGGUAAUGAGCACUAGCUCGGAGGGAGGUGGUGGCUCGCCGAUGGUAAUGAGAGCGAGGGCGACGGAGGGAGCGAUGAUGGCGGUGGUGAAUGGUGUUGCGGGGGUUGUGGGUGGUGUUGCUGUUUUGUUGUGA